UUAAAGCCAAUCAUGCCGUGGAACAAUAUUAGAAACAGAAAGGUGGCUCUGGGUCUAGGACUAGGAGCAGUAGGAGCUGCCUUUAUGGGGGUGACGGUGAGAUCGUCUAUGUUCACAGUUGAAGGUGGCCAGAGAGCUGUUCUUUUCGACAGAUUUAACGGGGUUCUCGAAGAACCUAUCGGAGAAGGGACACAUCGUAAGAUUCCGUGGGUGCAAAAGCCCUAUAUCUUCGACAUUCGGUCCACACCCUAUAAAAUCAAGUCCAACUCUGCAACUAAGGAUCUUCAGAUGGUCAACUUCACACUUCGUGUUAUGUAUCGCCCUGUCGUUUCGCGCCUCCCGUACAUAUAUCAAAACUUAGGCCGCAACUACGGCGACAGGGUCCUACCAUCGAUCGGGCCCGAGGUGUUGAAAGCAGAAGAGCUCGUAACAAGACGUUCACAAGUCUCGGCUCUUAUACGCCAAACGCUAAUCAAACAAGCUAGGGAAUUCAACAUUAUUAUCGAUUACGUGUCGAUCACGGAUCUCUCGUACAGUAAAGAGUUCUUGAGUGCGGUGGAGCGGAAGCAGCAGUGCCGGGUUAAGUAGGUUGGCGGGCAGUGCGACCACCCUGGAUACACAGGUUACAGGAGCAUAUACAUAUAAGAAAAGGGGCAAAAAAAAAAUUUGUAAGCUAAAAAGACACAAAAAAAAAAUUG